AUGGGUACACAGACAGAUUCUGUUCUCAGUCUAUACUCCAAUGAAGAAAAUUGGAUAAUCAUGAUGAAGAUGCUACUCAACAAGGAGGAACUUGUCUGUGACAUUGACAAUCCUCCAUACUGUAUCAGUAAAGCUCCCAAAGCUAUAAGGUCCAUCAAGGAAGAAGCUGUUGUUCCUCAAAGAAUUGCUAUAGGACCUUACCAUCAUUUCAAAUCUAAUCUCUACAAGAUGGAGAAAUGCAAGCUUGAACAUGUUAAGGUUGCUCAUCAGCAUCUGCAACUCCCUAGCUUCGAGCUUCUCGUUGAUCAUUUUCAGACAAAUGCGACACGACUUCGUGGUUAUUACCAGGAGGUUUUGGACGUAAGCGAUGAUACCUUGUCAUGGAUAAUGGUAAUUGAUGGUCUGUUCUUGCUGCAGUUGAUCUGUAAUGAAGAUCCUUUGGAGUUUGUUGAUUCAUCAGGAAGAAGCGUUACCAUGGAAACCAUCUUAAGAGAUGUGAUAAUGCUUGAGAAUCAGAUCCCAUUCUUUGUUUUAGAGAAUCUUCUUGCCGAAUCCAAUCAUGCAACAAAAAUCCCGUCUUUAUUUACUUUGGCAAUGAAGUUUCUUCCAAAAAUUUCUCCAAUGGAGCUGCAAGGGAUUUUCAUGGAGGAGAGGCAUGGGAAUGCUUUGCAUUUGCUGGAUUUUGUGUACAAUUUAGUUUGUGUUGGAGGGUCCCCAGUCCCAUCAACCACACUUGAUUUUGCAGUAGAAACGAUAAGCUUGACUGUUUGGAGUACACUCUGGAAUACGGUUAAAACUCUAAACUUUAGCUUCUUAGCCCUCCCUGUUAAAAUCAUAGAUUCGACUCUGAAUGUCCUUGCAUCUAUGGGAAUCUCCUUCUCUUUACAAAUCGUAGAGGAGAAGGCUUUGAUUCCGACAGCUUCAGAGUUGUCCAAAGUCAAGGUUAAGCUCAGCAACACUGCCUAUGGCAUCAGAACCAUCCAUUUCAGCCACGCUGACACAACUCUUCACCUUCCAAAGCUUACUAUGAACAUUAAUUCAGGAACCACAAUCGGAAAUUUACUAGCAUAUGAAGCUGUGGCGAAGCCUGAGACUCCAAAUUUUGCACGUUACAUGCAAAUGAUGGCAGCAAUGGUUCACACUGGUGAGGAUCUAGAGCUGCUAAAAAGUCAGAAUAUUUUGAAGCAUGAAGGAGAGAGUGGUAAUGUUGUAAAGCUGUUUAAUGGGUUGAGACAUGUUCUGAUUCCUGAAGGUCAGUCAGAUUUAGAUUUUUGUAUAAAAAAUAUUAAUGACUAUUAUAAUAGCAGGGGGAAGAUAAGGGUAAAAAACUUCAUAAAGCAGCUUGCUCAUUCUUCAUGGAGGGCUCUCACAGUUCUUGCCAUCAUCUUGGUCUUGGCGCUGAUGGCUCUUCAGAAUUUCUGCUCAAUCUAUAGCUGCCAAGGACUAUUUAUGGCAAGCAAGAACAACUUGAUCUCUUCCUUUUAG